GCGCAAUGUCGCUUCCCGCCGUCCGGCUGCUUUGGCUCGGGAGGGUGCACUACUCUGAGUUGCUGGAGCUGCAGGAGCAUUGGCUACGGCAGCUACAGGCCGACCCUCGCCCCCGGACCCUGUCGGGGACCAAAGCGGGCGUGCUCUUGGUCUGCGAGCCAGCGGGGCCAGUGUACACGGGCGGGCUACGCGGCGGCCUGACACCCGAGGAGACUAUGCGGCUGAGGGCCCUGGGAGCUGAGGUGCGCGCCACGGGCCGCGGCGGCCUGGCCACUUUCCACGGCCCGGGACAGCUGCUCUGCCACCCGGUGCUUGACCUGCGGCUUCUAGGCCUGCGCCUGCGCACCCACGUGGCGGCGCUGGAGGCGUGCGCUGUGCGUCUGUGCGAGCUCCGGGGCCUGCGGGGCGCCCGCGCGCGGCCGCCGCCCUAUACUGGCGUCUGGCUAGGCGAGCGCAAGAUCUGCGCUAUCGGAGUCCGCUGUGGAAGACACAUCACAUCCCACGGCCUGGCUCUGAAUUGUUCUACCGACCUCACGUGGUUUGAGCACAUCGUGCCUUGUGGACUGGUUGGGACUGGAGUCACUUCACUGAGUGAGGCACUUCAGAGACUCGUCACUGUGGAUGAAGUAAUGCCAUCUUUCCUUGUGGCCUUCAAGGAGACUUUCAAGUGCACGUUAAUCUCAGAGGACAGGCCCAGCUGAAGGACAUUCAUUCACCUUAGCCUGGGAUGACGGUUCUGCAAUGGAAAGCUUCUAGUCCGAGUCCCUAGAACUACUCUUUGAUUUUUCUGACCAUGACUGAGGACAGAUCCUGAGCUAUUGCUGCCGUAUCUCUCCCCACCUACCUCAGGGGUCGUUAUGGAAACACUAUGAGAAGUCACAUGCUACGUAAAGCAUCCCUGUGACCUGUUAACGGAGACACUCCAGUGUUAUUAUAAACUGCCAUUUCCUAAUUACUUGCUACUUUUUCAGUGCUGUAUCUAACAGCAAUUUUGGUUGUUAGGUCUUUGAGUUGCGUGGGAACCAAAUCUCUGUGAAGAGAUAAAGUUACUUUGUUCUCAAAAAAAAAAAAAAAAAAAAAACAACCUGGAUCUUCCUUCAAUAAAGGGGAAAGCCUCUUCAAAAAAUAUAUAUUUUUUUGCCUUUCUGGGUUGAAUGCCUCAAAUUUGAUAAUUUUACCUGUUUUUGCUUAAGGUCAACAGAGAUGGGUUAAAGGCUUUGUAAAGACAAGAGUAUACCCUCAUUGAGUACAAAGGCUAUAGAGGAAAGGUUUCCCUAAAUGGGAUCCCUGGUUCUGCAUGAAGGUCAAGUCUGCUAAGAAGAAGAAACUUUUGUGAUUCGAGACAGCCAAGGAACACAUUAGCUCAAUUCUUAUGGAUCAGGAAUUUGGAAGAAAUGUACCUAGGUUGGUUGGAGUCUUACCAGAGCUUCCAUUUAAAGGUGUCGGUUGUCAUUAGGAGGCUUAGCUGUUGCUGGGAGGUCAAUGUCCAAAAUGGAUGGAUCACUCCAUUGUGCUUGCUUGCUUGCUUCUAGUUGUCAAUGAGAAGCCUCAGUUCUUUACCAUGCACACUCUUCUGUAAGGCGGCAGUGAUAUUAGAAGGGCUAUAGGAGCUCUCAUGUCUUUUAUGAGCUAGCUGUGGAAGUCACACAUUCCUUUCUGUAGUCUCCCAGAUGAGCCUCAUUCAGAGCAAAAGGAAUAUCCCAUUCACUGCAAGAGAUGGAGUUUUUAGGAGCCAUCUUGGUUUUGUCCUCCUAGCUUAUGAAAGGUAGAGCUUUGGCUGAGGCUCUGGUCCACACUUGGAGCUGUGGAAGUAAGUUAUUUCCCUCUCUGGGCUUCAGUGCUGUUCACACUGUAUUUCCCAGGAGCCUCAUAAAAAGGCUUUAAUGGUUAGUUUU